AUGGCGCCCUAUGCCAGACCGGACCAGGCAGAUGUUCAGUUUGGACACCCUCGUGUGACUCGGGGCUCGUCGGAUUGGAUCCAUGGAGUAGAGGGCCAUGGUCGCAAUGGCCCUGAUUCUCAGAUUUACUUUACGCCUUCACCCGCCGCUGAACUUUUUCCACAGCAGUCGGAGACGAUGCAUACGCAUACCACACCCUAUCCCGCAACGAGGUCAGCUACGUCUCCCAAUUCUUCACAGCAUGUCGACCGUGAUAGAACAGAAGUUGAGCGAGAAAUUGAUCGCAAUGAGGCAGAAAGGAAUCCAAUCUCAGAUGAGAACGGCCCCACAGACCUUCCGUAUUCUCAUUUGAUCGCAGAAGCUCUCAAGACUGCUCCUGAUAGGAAGCGUACUCUUCAAGAGAUCUAUAGCUGGUUCGAGCAAAAUACAAGCAAAGGGAGAGACCAACGCUCAAAGGGAUGGCAGAACAGUAUCCGGCAUAAUCUCUCAAUGAAUGCGGGCUUCGAAGCCGUGAGGGUAGAAUCCCCCAAUGGCAAAAAAGCCAUGAAUUACUGGCGCCUUACGGACGAGGCAUACAGGAAAGGCAUUCAGUCGACAACCCGAUACAGGAAGCAAGCGAAUCACAAGAGGGCUUUGGGCUCGGAUCCGCCGGCCCCCCAGCGUCAACGAUCUGGAGCCAAAGGGGGGAAGGCGACCAAGAUUGCAGCCAAGUAUCGCGGCCAGAUGUUGUUGAUGACCGGAGGCCAGCAGGACGCUAUGCAAAGGGAACGACUGUGUCUGCAUCCCGCACCUCUGCACCAGCAGCAGCUACCGCCACAGAUGGGGAAUUACUUCCCAUACCUUCGCACAGGUACUUCCGUGGCGACAGUGUCACCAACCCGUGUGUCGGGCCCUGCCACGCUGAUGCAUCGACCGUCGGCCGAACAGUACAAUUUAGGCAGCGUCAUUGGCUGCACCGAGGCCCCCUCCCUGUACCCCUUUGUUCUAUGA